AUGUUCACAGGGCUGAACGAGACCCUGUACGGCAACGGGGACAUCUGCGGCACAAAAUACAGCGUUACUUGCCUCGGCGCCGUGGACCCCGAACAGCCUUCGCCCUGCAGAAGGACCAAAACCGUCACGGUGACCGUUACCGACAGCUGCACGGUGGAAGCCGACGGCGAGCCUUGCUCCACGUUCGUGUUGUCGGCGGAAGCCUUCGCGCAGAUCGCAAGACCUCGGGCUGGGCUUGUCAAGGUUGCCUACACACUGUAA